AUGUCAGCUGCAAAUACAUUACUUGAAAAGGAACAUCAACUUGAUGAUACUCCUGCUUCGGGCAUUAGACCAAUUAGAUUAUGGUACUUUAUUGGUGCUAUUCUUUUUACAGCAGUGUUUGAAUUAAUUUUAAUUCAAGUUUUUAAAAUUCUCUUGCCUCCUAGUGAAAGCCUUGACUCUGUCUGUUUCGUUACCUACUUUAUUGCUUUAGUUAUACAAAUCCCAGGAUUUAUUGCUGGUUUAAUUAUUUUUGUUAUCACCAUAAAACAAAUAUCCAUUAGAAAGGCUAUCUGCACAGCAUUUUCUAUAUUUGGAAUGCUAAUAAUGAUUGUAAUUAACUACAGGUUAUUUUUGGCCGUCAGUCCAACGUUGUGGUUGCAAAUUUGUCCUGUACUAGGUUCUAUUCCAUCUUUUAUUAUUCAUAUGAAAGCUAUUGUUGCAAAGAAGAAGAAAAAUGAAGAAUUCGUAUAA